UGAGGACAUGUACCUCUCCUCCAUCGGUCAUCGCCAGGGUCAGUUGAUAUCCAGCCAACACCACAGUCGCGAGGGCCUUAACAACCCCGGGUACUACGACGUCAGCAGUAAAUUCAACCCGGUAUACCAGGGCGACUACGACUCGCCAUUUUAUAACGGACACGGCCAUUCCCGAGAAAGACGGUUUGAAAAGCGGCCCCCAAGGAAACACGACCGAGAAUCAAGGAAUUACAGCCAAGCGCGACGGGAAAGGAGACACAAGAAGAAUGCACGAGGGGAUCACCAUGAUCAUGAACAUCACAAAGGUUCACAUCAUAAAGGAUCGAAAGAGAGACACCGGAGCGAUUCUAUGUUUAAUUCUUCGCAUGAAGUUUUUAUGCCGCUUCCGAUUUACGAAAACUAUGGCGUAAAUGGCAGACAGCGCCUGCCGCGGGCGGAUUAUGACGGGGGCGGCAGACGAUCGGGUUCAACCAGUACACGGUAUGUGAUACUGAUAGCGUUGGCGGUGCUGUUACUCAUAGCGGCUGUGUCAGCUGUUGGCACAGGGGUCUAUUUUGCAGUGAGAAAUAACACUGGGGACACGGGACUACAGACGGGCGGUGCAGGCACAACCACCACCACCACAACAACAACUAAUCCUCCAGUGAUAACUACACAGUCUGGAGCAAACACAACACAAUCACUAACUGCAACAACGGUUGCUGUCACAACUAGCACAAUUCAGCGUGUGACCACGAGUGCGUUACAGUCUGCAACAACGAGCACUUUCAGAGGUGUCACAACGAGCACAAGUCAAGCUGUGACUACAAGCACAGCGCAGGUUGCAGCGACCAGCACUGUGCAGGCUGCAACAACAAGUCUAAUGGAUACGACAACAAUGAGUUCAACACGGACUUAUACAAGCACAGUUCAGUCUGCCAUAACGCAGGGUGCAAACACGUAUUCGAAGCAGCCUGCACCAUCAAAUGCAACGCAGGCUGCAACAUCGCAGGCUGCGACUACAAGCGCAACGCAGGCUGUGACUUCAACUGCAACGCAGGCUGCAACAACGGAUACAACGCAGGCUGUGACUUCAAGCGCAACACAGGCUGCAACAAGUGAUACGACGAAGGCUGUCACUACAAGCGCAACGCAGGCUGCAACAACAGAUACGACGCAGGUCGUGAUUACAAGCGCAAUGCAGGCUGCAACAACGGGUACGACGCAGGCUGCGACUACAAGCGCAACGCAGGCUGAGACUUCAAGCGCAACGCAGGCUGUGACCUCAACUGCAACGCAGGCUGCAACAACGGAUACAACGCAGGCUGUAACUACAAUCGCAGCGCAGGCUGCAACAACGGAUACAACACAGGCUGUAACUACAAGCGCAGCGCAGGCUGCAACAACGGAUACAAUGCAGGCUGUGACUACAAGCGCAGCGCAGGCUGCAACAACGGAUACAACGCAGGCUGUGACUACAAGCGCAGUGCAGGCUGCAACAACGGAUACAACGACGGCCUCGACUACAACUGCAACGCAGGCUGCGCCAACUAGCUCAGUUCAGACAGCGGGCUCGACGCAGACUUCGACAACGAGCACAUCCCUAGCUCCAGCAGCAAUCGUUACGCAGGGCUUGGCAACGGAGACAGUUGCUCAGGCUGCAGCAACAAGUACAGGACAGGCAGCGACUACUAGCACAAUUGAUGCUGCAACAACAGACACAGUUCAGUUUGUGUCACCAACCACAACCCCAGCUACGACAAAAGAGACAUCACUGGGUGAUACCACAAGCUCGGUGCAGGCUCAAAUGUCAGUUACUGAAACAGCCGACGCAGCUUCGUCUUUAACAUCUUCUUUCGGCGCAUCACGUGACACUGCCAGCGUAACGAGCCCGCCAUCGUCUACAGUGGCAGUUUCUUCAAAUAGUCAGUCAUUAGAGACAACUUCAUCGUUUUCCGUCUCAAGUGGCCAAUCAGCAGUAACCACGUCACCAUCGACCGAUUCAAGUGGUCAAGCAACACAAACUAUAUUGAUGUCGUUAGAUUUCAGUAGCCAAUCAGCGGAAACCACGUCAUCAAUAUCUGCAUUAAACAGCCAACUAGAACAAGCCUCGUCAUCAUCAAGCGUUCUAAGCAGCCAAUCAGUGCAGAAUACUUCGGCAGUGACAAGCACAGACAUUGCUCAGUCAGCAUUAUUAGCGACAAUUAGCAGUAUCUCUGUUUCUCCGUCUACAAACACAAUUGCUACGACUGUAUCUGCAUAUACGAGAAUAAGUUUGACAUCCGCCGCGGGUACGGCCGCAUUUGAUAGCUCAAUUUCCCAAACGGAUUCUUCCUCCGUUAAUACUGGAAGUAGUAGUAGUCAUACUAUUUCCAGUCUAACGGGUGAUGCGACAAGUGCAAGUAGUGUCACAGAAACUGUUACCUCUGGGUCUCUUUCUGCUCAAACGACAAACACCGCCUCCACGGCAUCUUCUGCUAGCGCCGUUCAAUCAAGUGCAACAGAAACCAUGGCUGCUGGAGCUACCAGUGUAACCGAGCCUUUGGCAUCGACGGUUUUGGGUGUGGUAACAUCCACGACUAUACCGGCGCCUGCGACCGCCACAACGUCUACGGGAAUCACAGACACGACUUCCAGCGUUGUUUCUCUUCAAACGACGGAGGCUGCGCCUAGCAGUCCUACAUCAACAACAACAACUGGGGCGACAUCUAGCGACUUGGUGUUAGGAUCAACAGCAGCGACAACUAGCGCUGUGACGUCAGCGGUAACAGAGGUUUCAUCCAACAUCGAAUCUGCUACAAGUACUGUUGCUGUUGAAAGCUCAGCAACUAGUUCUACAACUUUACAGGCCAGUUCGUCAGAAAGUACGACAACAGCGACCAGCGGGACACAGACAACGGUCGUCAGCACGACGGAAACGUCGUCUGCGCCCUCUACAGUGACGUCCACACUUACUAACACGUCCAGUUCGGUAUCACUGGCGGUAUCCAGCAGCGCGGUGACCACUACACCUGGUCCCUCGCCCUGGGGGAGAAGAAAAAAGAAGAAGAAAAAGAAGUAAACAUGCUCAAAUGAUA